CGCAAAAACCAGCGAAUCCGAGGGCCACAUCGAAAAAGGUCACUCCGGCCCGCCGCGCCGCCGUCCUCCAGCCUCCUCCCAUCUCCGAGCUGUACCGCACCCCCCCCCCCCCCCUCUAUCGUUUCCCGACGGCCGGACCUCUCUGCUCCCGCCUGUCCACCUCCCGCCGCGGCGCCGUCGGCACCGUCUGUCAAGCCCCGUUGUCUCGCUCUUAUCAUCCGCUGCCGUAGCUAACUCUGGGCAGGGAUACAGAAAAAGGAGAGAAGAUGUCGUCGAAGAAGAACUACUACAAGGAGAAGAUGAUGCGGCGGAAAGAGGAGAAAAAGGAAGAACCAGAGACACCCAGGUAUCGCGACCGUGCUAAGGAACGUCGUGAAGAUCAAAACCCAGAUUAUGAGCCUACAGAGCUUGGUUCGUUUCAUGCUGUGGCACCUCCUGGGACAGAUUUGAGGCUGGCAGAUGCGCACAAGAUUUCAAUUGAGAAAAGCAAAUAUCUAGGAGGUGAUUUGGAGCAUACACAUUUGGUCAAAGGCUUGGACUAUGCUCUACUUCACAAAGUACGGAGUGAAAUUGAAAAGAAACCUGAAGCAGAGGAUAGGAAGGAUGCAAAAUCAAGGUCAACAAAAGAAGAUCAGGCAGUCUCCUUCCGCACUGCAACUGCAAAGUCUGUCUACCAAUGGAUCAUAAAGCCACAAAGCAUAAUAAAAGAGAAUGAGUUGUUUCUGCCUGGUCGGAUGUCAUUUAUUUACAAUAUGGAGGAAGGAGUAACCAAUGAUAUUCCAACAACUCUUCAUAGGAGCAAAGCUGAUUGCCCAAUUCCAGAGGAGAUGGUAACUGUCAGUGUGGAUGGUUCUGUACUUGACAGGAUUGCUAAAAUUAUGACAUACCUCCGACUUGGAUCUUCAGGGAAGGUCUUAAAGAAAAAGAAAAAGGAGAGAGAUUUAAAAGGGAAGAACAAUUUGGUGAGCGCUGACUAUGACAAGGCAGUAAAACCUUCCCAAACUAAUGGUUCUGCUCUGAAACAUCAAUCACAGAAGGAUAUGCCGCCGCCACCAGCACCCCCUCGGAACAAUAAUUUUAAUGGAAAUGAGAAACAAUCUGCCCCUGUUGCUAGAGCAGAUGACAAUGACAUUUUUGUCGGAGAUGGGGUUGACUAUUCUGCCCCUAACAAGGAAAUGAGCCAGAGCCCUGUUUCUGAGGAUAUGGAUGAAUCCCCACAUAACCAUCAGAAGCAGACUUAUUUCACUGAACCCAUGUAUGGUCCAAUACCACCAUCUGAACCUGCUCAAGCUUGGCAACAGCCGAAUGGGUAUGAUGCUGUUCAAGCCCAGAUGGCAGCUGCCGGGUAUCAAGGCGACUGGUCAGGCUAUGUGUAUGCAGAACAGCAGUUGGCUUAUCCAGUACAGUAUUUGCAACAAAGCACCCAGGAAUAUGAUGUGUUAGCUGACCCUAGUAUAUCCCAGGAUCCAAGGUUCAUGACUCAAGCAGACAAGGAUCGGGGCCUAGGUUCUGUUUUCAAACGUGAUGAUCAAAGGCUUAAUCAGCUGAGAGAAAAAGAUGCGCGGGAGAGAGAUCCAAAUUUUAUUUCAGAUAGUUACUCCGAGUGCUAUCCUGGUUACCAGGAGUAUAAUAAUGAGAUUGCAGGGAGUGACGAUGAAGACGAUUUAUCAAAGAUGGAUAUGGGUGGACGGGCGAAGGGUCGUCUUCACAGGUGGGACUUUGAGACGGAAGAGGAGUGGGCAAAAUACAAUGAUCAGAAAGAAGCCAUGCCGAAGGCCGCCUUCCAGUUUGGUGUGAAGAUGCAGGAUGGUAGGAAGACGAGGAAGCAGAACAAGGACCAAAAGCUCACGAAUGACCUCAACAAGAUAAACAAGAUCCUGGCUCGGAAGAAGGGUGAAAAGGAUGGGGCUGAUGAUGGUGGCCAUUAUGAUGAUGAUUUACCUAGCUCAAAGAAACAGCGUGGCUGAAGCUGUUGGUGGUUUUCGUUUCUCCUGCCAAUAUAGUGUAAACUUAGAAUGUUACCAGUUAUACCAUGCUUACCUGGUAGCUGUGUUCUGCAGUGUUUGUUUGAGGUGCAGUGUGAAAUAUAUUGAGCUAAGACAUUGGAAGAAAUACAUAUGCCUGUAUUUUUAACCUUUUUUAUGUGAAGAAAAGAGGCAAAAUCAAUUUAUCAUUAA